GAUUUGAAGCAAAAGCAAAAGACACUCAUAAGUACAUAAAUAGAUAAUGGGAGAGACAUAAGAGACCUGUGGUAUGUAUGUAAUAACAAGAAGAAACAAUAAAAAAAUGAGUAGCAAGAACUCAGGAGCAGCUCCUGCUACAGCUUCUGCAGUCAACGCAAACGGUAAGCUUCCAAUGGAGGAGAACGAAGAAGAAGAGAUAUGGAAAGUGGCGGUGUCGAGAUUUCAAGCCCGAGAAGAAGAGAUCGAGAGAAAGAAGAUGACUGUUAAGGAAAAAGUUCAACAACGGCUCGGUUUUGCAGAGGAAGCUACAAGAUGCUUGACUCAAACAUUGGAAGAGCUAGAGAUUAUGGGAGAUCCAAUGAGAAAAGAAGUUGGAAUUGUGAGGAAGAAAAUCGACAUGGCGAAUCGAGAUAUCAAAUCUUUGGCUCAAAGCUGUCAGAAGAAGGAGAAGGAAUACAAAGAGACAUUGGAGGCUUUCAACGAAAAGAACAAAGAGAAAACUCACCUUGUUUCCAUGUUAAUGGAGCUACUGGCUGAAAGCGAAAGACUAAGGUUGAAGAAGCUGGAGGAAAUCAACAAGACUGUUGGAACCUUGCAAUGAGAAGAUUUUACCUUAAAAAGACUUCUAAAAUUUGUUUGAGGUUUUUAAUAUUCGAUUCUAUUCAAGUCCUGUCUAUUAAAAAGUGAGCUACCAUGUAACACGAUGCACGAUAAACAACGAAUGAAUUGCCUAAAAAGAUACGA